AUGGGUUAUUCUUAUGUUAAAUAUGAUUCAUUUACAACAUCUAACCCAGUAAAUAAAGCGGUAUUGGGAUUAUCUAUUAUAAGAUUAUUUAUAUUUUUUGUAAUUUUCAUAUUAAAUUUAAAUCAAACGAUUAAAGAAAUUUUAAUAGCAAAGAGAAAAAAAAAAUUUAUUUAUAAUGCACGUUUAUUAACAUAUAUUUCAAUUACAAUUUAUCCAUUUACAAGACUUGGAAUGAUUGGUGCAUUUUUUUAUGAUAAGAACAUUGAUAACGGAUCAAUUACUGUGGCUAUUAGUAUUUGGGGAACUCUAUUUCAGUACACAGAAUGGGUUUUUAUUGCUGGUUAUUGGCUUAGUUUAUUAUAUACCUUUUUUUUAAGUAAGGACAUGGUGUUAGUAAAUACAAAAAAAGCAUGGCUAGUUUCUUAUGGUAUAUUUGUAAUUUUAGUUUUUUGGACAAUUAUUCAAACAGUUUUUAAUUUUUAUUAUGUAGAUUAUAUGAAUGCAACAUAUGGUCCAGGUCAAAUUGUUAUUGUUUGUGGAAUUGGUGGAUUUUAUUUUAUAAAUGGUGUUCUAUUAUUUAAAUCAAUGAAAAAAUAUGAUCAAUCAGGAAAUACUCAAUUAGGAGAAAGAUAUAAUAGAAUUGUUAAAAUGGUAGUUAUAUUAUUAAUUUUAGUAGUUAGCGUAUUUUUAGUAUACAUAGUACAAUUUCCGAUAUUAGGAUCAGAAGACCAUCAAACAUCAAAUUAUGCAUUUUAUUUAGUAAGUUGUUUAUUAGAAUUUAUGCAAUUACCAGUGGUUAUGUACUCUUUAGGUGGAGAUUCUUUUAAACCUUAUUUUAAAUUCUUUAAAUAUGAUGAAACUCUUAGCUCUAAAGGAUAUACAACAAGCGGUGGUGGUGCAGGUGGUGCAGGUUCUUCAGCUAAUAAAAGUUGUGGUGAAAUAUCAUUGGAUGUCAAUGAUUCGUCGAUGGUAUCUAGAAAUACAGAAACUACAAUGACAGCAUCCACAUUUAAUAACACCUCAGCCUAUUCACUAACAUCUUCAAACAUUACAAAUAAUACAUCAACUUCAACAUUUAAUAAUAUUUCAUCAUCAACAUUAAACUCUUCAGCUGUUAAUUUAUCAUUGUCCACAGAGUUAAAUAAAUAUUAA